AUGGAUGUGAAAACCGCCUUUCUUAAUGGAGACUUAGAAGAAGAAGUCUAUAUGCGUCAACCUGAAGGCUUCAUAAAAGAAGGUCAGGAAGACAUGGUCUGCAAACUUAAGAAAUCAAUUUAUGGACUGAAACAAGCUUCGAGGCAAUGGUAUCUUAAGUUUGAUGAAAUCAUUACGAAAUUCGGUUUCAAAGAAAACAUUGUGGAUCCAUGUAUUUACCUCAAGUUCAGUGGGAGUAAGUUCAUAUUUUUGGUGCUGUAUGUUGAUGAUAUCUUAUUGGCUAGCAGUGAUCUUGGUCUAUUACACCAAUCACUUGGAAUUUUAGGGUUGUCUCAGAAAGCAUAUAUUGACAAAGUCCUUGAGAAAUUUUCCAUGCUAAGCUGUUCUUCUAGUGUUGUUCCUAUGCAGAAAGGUGACAAGCUUGACCUUAAGCAAUGUCCGCAGAAUGAAAUGGAACGAAAUGAGAUGCACAAGUAUCCUUAUGCAUCACUUGUGGGAAGCUUAAUGUAUGCUCAGGUUUGUACAAGACCUGACAUCAACCAUGCAGUUGGUAUGCUGGGUAGAUUUCAAAGUAACCCAGGAGUUGCUCAUUGGCAAGCUGCAAAGAAAGUUUUGAGAUACUUAAAAGGAACAAGAAAUCACAUGCUGACAUAUAGGAGAUCAACACAUCCACAGAUGGUUGGUUUUUCAGACUCAGAUUUUGGUGGAUGCCAUGACAUAGGCACUGCACUCUUGGCUAUGUGUAUCUCCUUGGCGGAGGUGCCAUCUCAUGGAAAAGCCAGAAGUCGCAGUUGA